CCCAUACAUCAUUGCGACAAUGAGGACGCGCGCCCAGGCCGGCGCCGUCGACACGGCUCUCAUUGCCCAAGCCUUCUCUAUCGACGAGCCACAGCUUGACUCUCUGUUGGACGCUCCUACACAAGACUUGAUCAAGGACUUUCUAUCCACCCUCACUGCUAGAGCAAAGGACUUUGACGACCUCAAAGCCGACAAGCUGAGAUCCGACGUCGAGCUCGAAAACACCGUCCGCGCUGGAGAAUCAAAAGUCAAGGCUCUCAAGGCCACUCUCAAUAAGAACGCCCAAGAAAUUCAGGACUUGCGCAAGUCUCUUGAUGACCAACAAAACGCUCGCGCCGAACUUCAGACCGAACUUGACUCUGUAAAGGCUUCAUCAUCAGAUUCAAACUCCGAGCUCGACACUCUGCGUGCCCGCAUCGCCUCUCUCGAAACUUCUAACCGCGAAACUCUUUCCGUCCUCGAAUUCAAGUCUACUGCUCACGACGAGCUUGCCCAAGAGCUUGCCACUCAACACCAAAAGAUAAUUUCGCUGCGUCGCGACAUCUCUGCUUUGGAAGAAAAGAAUCAGUCCUUGGAAAACGCUGCUUCUAGUGCCAAAUUCAAGGAACAAGCCCUUCAGCAAGAAGUCGAUUUGCUCAAACGCAACAAUGAAUGGCAUGAGUCUGAACUCAAGACGCGUACCGCUGAACAUACAAAGUUCCGCAAGGAAAAGAAUGCUCGCAUUUCUGAAUUGCAGCGCGCCAAUGAGGAUGCAAAUGCCACAGUCGACGCGCUGAAGCGCACAGAGACGACUCUUCGUCAACGUCUAGAAGAGCUGGGUCAAAAAGCAGAUGAUGCCUUUGCCAAGAUUCAACAGAUGCAGGAAAGUGCUUCCAAGGCCGAAGAGUCUUUCCGUGUCGAGUUGGACAGCGCACGCAGACUCGCCGAACUUCAAAAGCAGAGUGCAGACACUGCCAAGGCACGUCUAUUGGAUCUUCAAAACAAUAUCGAGCAGAUCAAGGAGAAUGCAGCAGAAGAAGUUGGACAGCUUCAAGCCGAGAUCGAGACCGAACGAGCCGACCGUGAGGCUGUAGAAGCUAAACUUGCCGAGUUGGAACUCGAAGUCGAACGCCUCCAAGCUGCAGCUUCUGAGGCCCAGAACAAUGCUUCGGUCCUGGCUACUCCCAAACGCAACUCUAAUGGCCUAGCUCCAGCAACUCCUGGACGUGAUGGAUCGCCUGCCGUCUUCACCCCUGGAUCUGCGCGCAUGAAGGGCAACAUGAACUUUACUCAACUUUACAGCGAGUACAGCAACAUGAAGGCGGAUCUCGAAGCAGAGAAGCGCAGAAAUUAUCUUCUCAGUAACGAGCUCGAUGAGAUGAUCCGUGAUCUUGAGAACAGAGGUCCUGAGCAGGAAGAGCUGCGCGAGGAGAAGGAGCGUGUCGAGGCAGAGAUUCUAGAAAUGUCCUCGAUGCUCGAUGCAGCUUCGGCUGAACGUGACGAAGCACGCAAGGAAGCACGUAAUCUCAAGGGUCAGACAGAGGGACUCUCAAGAGAAGGUGACAUCCUCCGUCAACAGCUUCGCGACCUCAGUGCACAAAUUAAGAUUCUCUUGGUUGAGAUGCAAGCUCGCGAUCAGGGUCUGGAAGCUCUAGACACUGCAGGUCAGAUGCAACUGCAGAUGAUUGCCAAUGGCGAACUCGAUGAUCAAUCCUCUGCUGCGGACGAAACCUCUGCAGGAGCCUUGAUUAGCCAAAGACUGUUGCUCUUCAGGAAUGUUCAAGAACUCCAGGAACAGAAUGUACAGCUCCUCAAACUCAAUCGCGGCCUUGCCGAUCGCAUGGAGGGCGAAGCUGCAAAGGCCAAGCAGUCGGAAACUGAACAAGCCUUGCAAGAGCUUGACGAGCUUCGUGAUCGUGUUCAGAGACACCAAGACGAGAUCAAGUCCAUGACCACUCAGUCCGAGAGCAUCAUGCGUGAGCGUGACAUGUUUAGACGCAUGCUCUCUCAUCGUGGACAAUUGCCAGCCGGUACUGAUCUUCAGGCUGCCUUCGGUCGUUCCAUGGGUCCAGUCCCGUCAACUCCCCCACCAGGCGGCAAGCCACGAGACGUCGAGGAAACACCUCGUUCCAAGGAAUUGUCAGACUAUUCCAAGCUCCUCAAGGAGAUGCAAACUCACUUCGACGCUUAUAGACAAGAGGCCGCAACAGACCACAGCACUCUGAAGCAACAAGUUGACAAGCUCGCUCGCGAAAAGGGCGAGUUACAAGGAGAGGUUGCCCGUACUGGAGGUCAAAUCACACUUGCCCAUGAACGUUACGGGAUGCUUCAAGCCAAUUACGACAUGCUCAAAUCAGAAAACUCGGAAUUGCAAAAACGAUCCCAAUCUCUGGCCGAAGUAGCAGCCAAGCAAGAUCUUCGUACACAACAGGUCGCCGAAGAGCUGGUCGAGGCUCGCACCCUUGCCGACAGUAUGCGCAACGAUGCGGCCAACCUCAAAGCAGAGCGUGAGCUCUGGAAGAAGAUUGAGGCUCGCAUGACCGAGGACAAUCAUUCCCUCAUGAAUGAACGCAGCCGCCUGAACAAGAUGGUUGCAGAUCUUCAGACUUUGCAAAACGAGCGCGAGUUAGCUGAAUCAGAAACUCGUCGUAGACUUCAAACUAGAGUCGAGACGCUCGAGGCUGACAUUGAUGCUACAAAGAAGAAGUUGGAGACCGAGGCAGCUCUCAGAAGAGAAUAUGACCAAGAGCAGAGCAGGACAAGAAUUGACGACCUAGUCAAGAGUCUGUCCACCGUUCGCGAGGAGCUUGUCGCAGCCAAGACUACACGCGACCAACUUUCAACAAGAGUAGAGGAGCUCAAGAUUGAGUUGCGCACAUCAGAAGAACGUGUGCAAGCACUCCAGCCCCGUCCCACGCCUCAGACAGAGCAACCAUCGGAAAACAACGCCGAGGACGCCUUGUCUCGUGAACAAGAACUCGCUCUCGAAAUCGCCGACCUCAAGCAUGAUCUUGAACUCGCCCGUAGCGAUCUUGAAAAUGCUAAGAUCCAGGUUGAGCAGUACAAGAACAUUAGCCAAGCAUCAGAAGAGGAGCUCCAGAGUCUCAACGAAACCAACGACCAAUAUCGCGAAGAGAUGGAUCGUAUCCUCGCAGAAAAAGACGAAAAGAUCAAGGAUUUGGAAACUAGAGUUGAGGAGUUGGGUACCGAGCUGUCCACCACCAACAGUGAACUCUCAACCUUGCGCACCCAACACGAAGAAAGUGCCAUUCAAUUGGACGACCAGAAGCGUCUGCUCGAGGCAGAGAUUGCUCGUCUCCGCGAUGAGUCUGAACGUUACGCUGAAACUGCAAAGCUUCACCAGGAGGAUCUCAAGGCACAGGCAGAAAUCGCGCAACAAGCCCAACAAAGCUACGAAAACGAGCUGGUCAAGCAUGCAGACGCUGCCAAGAACCUCCAGUCAGUACGCACAGAGUACAAUCAACUCAGAACCGAGGUUGCUGCCAUCAAGGCUGAAGCCGAAGCUGCCAAGGCUACUCUGAGCCAGAGUGAGGAGAGUUGGGCAGAAGUGAGGGAAAGAUACGAGCGCGAGUUGACCGAAGUCAAACUUGGGCGUGAAGAUCUCAAGUCGCAAAACAAGCUUCUUCACGAGCAACUGGAAUCUGUUAGCAGUCAAAUCUCUGAUUUGCAGCAGAAAAAGACUUCAUCUGAGGAGCAAGACGACUCGGAACAAGUCCAUGGCUCCGAGUUCGAAAACCUCCAAGAAGUCAUCAAGUACCUGCGUAGAGAGAAGGAGAUUGUGGAUGUCCAGUACGAGCUUUCCACUCAGGAAAGCAAGCGUCUCCAGCAACAGCUCGAAUACACACAGACACAGCUCGAUGAAACACGACAGAAGCUUAGCGAAGAACGUCAACAACAUGCUGAUCACGAAGCAAACACUGUCAGCCACAACAAGCUCAUGCAAACCAUCAAUGAGCUCAACGUGUUCCGUGAGAGCAGCACCACCUUGCGACAAGAGGCAAGGCAAGCCCAGACUCAAUUGGCCGAAAAGAUCAAGGAGAUUGAAAGCCUGACAAGCCAGAUCCAACCUUUGCAAACUCGUAUUCAAGAGGUUGAAAACGAACUAGAGACAAAGGAAGGCGAAAUGAAGCUAAUGCAAGAAGACCGUGAUCGCUGGCGGGAUCGUACACAAAACAUCAUUUCCAAAUACGACAGGGUCGAUCCCGCCGAGAUGGAAGCGAUGAAGACUCAAAUCUCUGAUCUCCAGACUGAGCGCGACCAAUUGACCACCGAAAAACAAGAACUUCAGGCUAAGCUUGAUGCUGUUCCAGCAGAAUUGCAGCAAACUAAGGACGAUGCCGAAAAGCAAUGGAAGGAACAGAAGGCCAAAUUUAAUUGGAGAAAGAGCUCGAAGGCAUCAAGGAGGGAAAAGAAUCAACUUGACCAGGAGCUGGCUCAAGUCAAGGAGGAGCUCGAGUCCACCAAGGCUUCUCGAGACGAAGCAGUGGCCAACGCCGAGGCUGCCACCCAGCAAUUGUCAACCCAGUCACAAGCCGAAGACGGUCAGGUUCAAGCAGAUGGCCAACAAGAGUCAUUGGCGCAAUCACUAGAGCAGGCAGAGGCUAGAGCAUCUCAAGAGGCUUCUAAGGCUGCCGGCUUGUCCACUCAGGUCGAAUCUUUGCAAGCCAGAAUUUCUGAGCUUGAAGCUCAUGUGACCAAUCUCCAGCAACAACUCGAGACCAGUGCAGCUAGCCUUUCGGAGCUCCAAAACCAAGAGCAACCAACUCAAGAGGCUGCACCUCAAUCUGAUGACAACACUGAGCAUAUGGAUAAGCUAAGACAAGAGCUGGCUACGGCACAAGAAGAAGUCGAAUCGCUCAAGGCUGCUGCUGCCACCAACGCCACUCAAGAGGCAUCAACUCAACCUUCAGAUACUGCUGCUACUGCUUCAAGCGCCGAGGCUACAUCUGUUGCCGAACAAGUAGAGGAACAAGUUGCCAAACUUCGCGCCCAGCUCGAGGAGCAACACAACCUCAGUAAAGAGCAGCUCGAAACUCUGUACAACAACCGAACCAACCUCAUGAAGCAGAAGCUCAACCAAAAGCUCCGAGAGGACAAGGAGAAGACCAAGGAGGAAGGUCGUCAGGAAGCUUUGGUCAAGCACAGUGAGGAACUACAAAAACUCCGCCAAGAGCAUGAGGCCGCCAUUGCACAGCUCAAGGAAGAGCACCGUCUCGAAAUUGAGCGUCUGACCAAGGAAGGUCAACUUGCAGUGGACCGAGCACAGAUCAAGGAGCAACCCUCCAGCGAAGCACCCGGUCAGCCUCCUGUCGACAAUGCGGCUGCCUCGACUCUGGCUCAAGCUCCUGCAUCUGACAUUGAUCCAGCACAGCUGGUCUUCACCGACGAACAAGCUCGUACACUGGUUGGUAAGAACACCGUUAUUCGAAGCAUCGUGGCCAGAAACAUUCAAAACAAGAUCGCGCAAGAAGCUGCCAAACUCAAGCAAGAACACGAGAAGAUUUUGCAAGAGAAGGCAGAAGAGGCUCAGAAGGAGAAGGAGCAAGCUCUGCAAGAGAAGGCGGAAGAAGCAAAGAAGGAGAGAGAGCAAGCCUUAACCAAGGCUGUCAACAUGGAGACCAUCAAGCAAAAGGCAAAACUUGGCAUGGCUGAAGGACAGACGAGAGCCGCCAAAGCCAAGUUGGAUGUUGUCGAGAAGGCUGCGGUCGAGACACCUCAACGACCAGUCGUCGAAGUGUGGGAGAUUGCCAAAACCACCAAGCCCGCUCCUGCGGCUUCACCACUUCCUCCUCAAGUCAACAAGCCAGCUCAGUCCCCCAUGAGCUCUCCAUUCAAGGCUACUGGCCCUGGUCUUCCACAAUCGCCUGGCAUGGCUCCUCCUCAGAUUGCUCAGUCCAAUCAACCCACUCCCAGCAGUCAAGCACCGCAAGACAAGAUGCAAGCAAGGAUGCAAAAGUUUGGAGCUCAAACUCAGCAACCACAAUCGGGCACCACGUUUGGUCAACCAAGUUUUGUCCCGAAUCAAGCUCCAUCUGAUGCUGCUACUCAAGCAAUCAACACUGCUCCGGGGCAGUCUCAAGCUGCAGCCGGCACACCGCCUCAAACACCAGGAGCACCAUUGAAAUCGGCGAUCCCAGGUCAACAAGCCGCCGGGCCUGGUCCUGUGCGUGUUCCCUCCGUAAGUGGCAUUCCAUCAGGAAUCCCUACUGGUAUUCCCACUGGCAUACCUAGAGGUGGUGGAAGCAUGUUACCUCGCGGAGGUGCCGCAUUCCGCGGCAGAGGUGGCCUGGCACAGCCUGGAACACAAAACGCACAAGGUCAAGGAAUUAGUGUGCAGGGCGCUGCUGGCCAAGCUCAACGUGGUGGGCUACCCCGAGGCGGUAUGAGCAGGGGAAGAGGUGGCGGCAGAGGAGGCAUGAAUCCUGGAGCACAACAGUUUGCGCCAGGAACGGCUGGUGCUCAAGGAAACAAGCGUCCACAUGAGGGCGGUGAUGAGGGUGCUGGUAAGAGGAUGAGAGGCGGAGCCGGAGGUGGUGCU